AUGGCCAUAGCUGUUUAUUCUAAGCAAAUCCCAAUAAGGGAAGCUUUGCUUAUACCACUCGACAUUAAGAAACAUGAUAAAGAAAAUAAUAAAUAUAUAGUUAACAGUUAUUGGCAAGCCUUUAAUUACAAUGCCGAUGCUAACCAUUCCCAAGAACACCAAAUCCGGAACCGUAUUUUCUUGUAG